AUUGUUUCAUGUCUGCUAGGAUAUAUGGUUUUUAAGUUUUCAACAAAUGCUAGCUGCCGCGCGUGAAAUCCAAAUAUGCAAAACUAGAAGGCAAUACCAACUUCUCUGAUUGCAACUCCGCGACUUGUUGAUCUUGAAAACACAAAACUUCUCUUAUUUCACGUUCUUCGUUUUCAGUCUACAAUUGUUUACAUUGCUCACCGACGAAAUUCACAAACUAUCAGUUGACACCACCAACCAACGGACCAUUGGAAUUGCCUUCGUCUGGCAAUCACCGCCGUCCCUUUUCAAAUCUCGCAGAUCUGACAGCUGACCCAGUCCCGUCACCGUCCCAUUUCAUCAGUUGAUUUGGGUCUUGAUCCACUGGAUCAGAGAUGCCGGUGGCUGCUUCCGCCAUUUACUUCUUGAACCUCCGAGGUGAUGUUCUCAUCAACCGCCUCUAUCGUGACGAUGUUGGGGGAAAUAUGGUGGAUGCUUUCCGAAUGCACAUAAUGCAAACAAAAGAACUUGGAACAUGUCCUGUUCGGCAGAUUGGUGGAUGCUCUUUCUUUUACAUGAGAAUCAGCAAUGUUUAUAUUGUUAUUGUAGUCAGCAGCAAUGCAAAUGUAGCCUGUGCAUUCAAGUUCGUUGUUGAGGCUGUUGCACUGUUCAAAUCUUAUUUUGGUGGGGCUUUUGAUGAAGAUGCAAUUCGUAAUAAUUUUGUUCUGAUUUAUGAGCUGUUGGACGAAAUUAUGGAUUUUGGUUAUCCACAGAAUCUUUCUCCAGAAAUUUUAAAGCUUUACAUCACUCAAGAAGGAGUGCGCUCGCCAUUCUCUUCUAAGCCUACAGAUAAACCAGUCCCAAAUGCAACUCUACAAGUUACAGGUGCUGUUGGUUGGCGCAGAGAGGGCCUUGUUUAUAAAAAGAAUGAGGUCUUCUUGGAUAUUGUGGAAAGUGUAAAUCUUCUUAUGUCUUCCAAAGGUAGUGUGCUGCGUUGUGAUGUAACCGGGAAAAUUCUUAUGAAAUGCUUCCUCUCUGGAAUGCCAGACUUGAAGUUGGGCUUGAAUGAUAAAAUUGGCCUUGAGAAAGAGUCACAACUCAAAUCCCGUCCGACUAAAAGUGGUAAAACCAUUGAGCUCGACGAUGUUACUUUCCAUCAAUGUGUAAACUUGACAAGGUUCAACUCAGAGAAGACAGUUAGUUUUGUGCCACCUGAUGGUGAAUUUGAAUUAAUGAAGUACCGUAUUACUGAGGGCGUGAACCUUCCCUUCCGAGUAUUGCCUACAAUUAAGGAACUUGGUAGAACUCGCAUUGAAGUAAAUGUUAAGGUAAAGAGUGUAUUUGGUGCAAAAAUGUUUGCUCUUGGGGUUGUCAUCAAAAUUCCUGUGCCAAAACAAACAGCGAAGACAAAUUUUCAAGUGACUUCGGGUCGAGCAAAAUACAAUGCUGCUAUUGAUUGUUUGGUUUGGAAGAUAAGAAAAUUUCCGGGACAAACUGAGCCAACCUUGAGUGCAGAAGUUGAGCUGAUUUCGACGAUGACAGAAAAGAAAUCUUGGACAAGACCACCAAUUCAGAUGGAGUUCCAGGUUCCAAUGUUCACAGCAUCUGGUUUACGUGUCCGUUUUCUCAAGGUAUGGGAAAAGAGUGGGUACAACACUGUUGAGUGGGUCCGCUAUAUCACCAAAGCCGGUUCAUACGAGAUUAGGUGCUAGAGACAUGGGAUUGCUGUUGUGAAGACUUGAGAGGAUUUUAGGGUGGAUGCUGGAAUUUUAUACAAUUGAUUUGAGUGGGAAUUAUUCAGGAGUUAUGUUUUGACAAGCAUAAAUCAUAGGGAUUUUAAUUGCUCAUGUUAUAAUUUGUGUCAAUAUGAUUGUUUGUGGUCUUGUAUCCUGUUGUAAAUGCUAGCUUACUCUAGAACUGGUAAAUUGAGCCUUCAACUUUUUAUUUUAUUUUUCUACUUUCCUUUUUAUGAUCAAUCAUUUGUUGCGGUUUGGCACCACUUUUAUUUGUUGAGAUGAAGAGAUUGUAAGUGGGAUUUGUGAUGGUUUGGAUGAGUUAGUUAUAUUU